UUCACUCACUUCAUUCCAUCAAUUACCUACUUGAAAUUUCAAUUUGGUGUUUUGGAAUUUUGUGUUUUUUUUUGUUAUCUAGAAAGUGCACGCACUUACAUAUUUUUCUGAGUGAACAAAAUAUUCUAUUUACCUACAAAAAGGUUAGGUGCCGCGGAUUAUUUCUUUGGUUUCUCCUGCUUUGCAAGCCUAAACGCACGCAAAGUUUUGUGUAUUCGUCAUUCUAACAAUUACAAAAUGAAUAAUAUCAAAGCAAAGGAUAGUGUUCUAAUAAUUUGGAAAGGCAAUGAACAGAAUGACCUUAUUAAUUUGUCCAAUGAAAUAAAAACUGCUUCAAAUAAUGGAUCUGUAUUCUUGGAAAACGCCGAUGUCCUCACAGAAACAUCCCGGCCAUCAUCAUCUAUCAAUGUAGUUAUUUCAAAUUGGUUGACACCACACAGUAUUGUCCACACUGAUUCCCUACUUGGAAUAAUAGUUAAAUAUCUGAAGCCCAGUGGUAAAUUUAUUGUUAAAUCUUCGUCUGAUAUCAGCAGUAGUCUCAAAUUGAAUGGCUUCAUAAAUGUCAUACAGGAUGGUGAUGUUUUUGUCGCAGAAAAACCUAAGUUUGAGGUUGGCUCCAAAGCACCUCUAAAGCUGGGUAUCAAGCCUGCUGUGUGGAAACUGGAUGACACUGUGGAAUCUGCUUGGACUGCAGGCAAUGAUGAUGACACCAUUGAUGACAACCUGUUGCUGGAUGAUGAUGAUCUGAAGAAACCUGACCAAGCUUCUCUCAGAGUGUGCGCCACGACGGGCAAAAGAAAGGCGUGCGCUGAUUGUUCGUGUGGCCUCGCCGAGGAACUCCGAGGGGAAACCAAGGACACACCGAAGUCCUCCUGUGGCAGUUGUUAUUUGGGUGACGCGUUCCGGUGUGCGACGUGCCCGUACCUCGGGAUGCCGGCCUUCAAACCCGGGGAGAAAGUGAUGCUGGACCUCAAAUCGGACAUAUAGAUGUUAGUAAAUAGCUUUAUUUUAUUACUUUUGUAAUGGUAUUCCGCCAUGUGAUUGCUUUUGCAAAUAAAUGGUUGUAAUUUUCUUUUUA